AGUAGGAGCUUUGUUUGCUGUACGGACGGCGGAGUGCGGUAAAACACUUCUUAUCGAGUUGUUGCGCAACCUCAACCACGUAAAUUGCUUCUUGAUUUGGGUCGGGACUAUUUCCUUUUCCAGAAGUAAUCAAUAGACGAAAAUCAUCAUCAGCUGCUACUUGAGAUUUGUGGCCAUUGUAGCAUCGACACAGGAACAAGGGUUGUUCACGACCCUUCCUUGGUGAUUCCGUUAGCAGGGCGCCAAUCUUCAUCAGCCGCACGACCAUUUUUGUUCGGAGCCUGCUAUUAAAGAGGAGCACGACGACCACCACCUGUGACGAGUUCGGGCCCAACAAGCUAUCUCCGCACAGAUGACGACCGUGGAGGCACCAGGUUGUACAACAAUUACGCCAGCUGGAGGGGCAGAAGCUGCAGCGGCAGCAUCAACAUGCGCGGCAAGAUCCACCUUGGAUCAUCAUGUUCGACGACGAGCAGAUGAAAUGCAAACAGAGUGGUCACGACAUCAAUACCAAAAACGCCGGCGUGGUCUCAAGAAGCCGAAGCAAUGCGGCAUCUUCUUCGUCCUCGGGCGGGUCGUCUGGAAAUGUCGAAGAGGAGGUGGACACAAGUACUUCCGGCGACGUCCACAGAGAAAUUUCCUCCGAAACUAACAAGCAAGCCGCGAGCGUCGCUGGUGAUGCGACUGCGAGUAGCAGCUGUGCAACUUCUGGUACCGAAGAAGACGAGGAGAAUCAGGAUGGUCGUGUUGAGAAGCUGCACGAUGAAGGCACAGAGAAAACGACGCACCAGGACCCGCACAACUGCCAGAAUUCUUCGACUAUGUUGAACUUGAAAACUUCUACAUCGGACACUGUCACUGACCAGCAGCACGACCCACACCAGAACACCAUCAACCAGAAAACGAAAACUGGCAAGCGCAGCUCUUACACGAGCCGCCGCGCGUCCUCCUGUCCCUCCCCCGUUACCGUUUCCUCGCCGGGUAGUGAUGACGCGAAUGAAAUCUUGCACCACCUGCGCCGGAACUCCACGACGCAGUGUGCCGUAGGUUCUCCCUCCACUAGCAAAAAUCUCGAGGCGCAGCUAUCAUCGCCGCUGCAAACAGAUAAGCAACAUGACGUGGGUUUUCUUUCCGAGCAGAAGCGGCGGUCCUCGUCGCUCUUAUCCCGUUCCUUCGCACGAAAAAGCUGCAACCUGUACAACGCAAACGUACAACAGCUGCAGCAGCAGAAUCGCAGGCGGUCCAGCUAUCUAGCUGCUAGUACCGGGGGUGCUGGAAGUUGUAGUAGUCCACUCGGAGCUACUGCCAGUGCCGGAGGUGGUUCUCCCAGCGCAACGUCCUGUGGUGGAGCUGCAGUGGCUUUUUGGUCAUCAUCUCCCACUACAAGCGUUGGAGCGAUGAACAAGUCUCAUAACAAGAGACAGAUGGUGAAAGAGCAACAGAAACGCCGGAAAAGUGGUAGUCGCAAGGAACAUCACGGUAGUAGGGGUAAUAUUUUGACGAGUUACCACCAACAGGAACACGUCCAGCCGUUUGAGGACUUGGCGCUUUAUACAACAACUGCUUGCUCGUCCACGAUUACACCGGGGACGACCAGUGCUAGCGCCACAAAUCAUCAUGCACAUGCCGGACCAGGACCCCAGCAAGGUAAUGCGCCGGAAGAACAGCAACAGCACGGUGGACAAGUCAAACAAGGAAAGGAAGUAGAGAAACGGAAAUCAUCCAAAAGAGCCAGCGAGACAAGAAGUGACCGGAAGAACAGAAAGUCUACUUCUAAAGAUCAGUUGCAGCAGAACUGCACCGCAUCAGGCCACGCAUCGCGCUCCACGACGAGCUUCUGUCCCUCCUCUUCCGCAAGUUUGGGAGCUGCAAAGAACCUCGUAACCGCGGAGGAUGUUGCGGCGCUGCGUGACAAUAUGAUGAACAGUCCCUCCACCGCCACGCCAGGUCCGCGUGGGAACAAAAUUAACACCCUAAACGGACUAUCCUCCGCAAAAGCAUCAAUAUCGCGGCACUCGUAGUGAUUUUUGCAAUCAUGCAGCACUAAUCCGCCGGUUUUCUACCCGCGAAUCCACUUGUAAGCUUGAAGCGAUUUCGUAGGAAUUCGAUAAGCUCAGUUUUGUAGCAAAGGAAAACUUCGCGGAUCUAAAGAUCAUUAUAUAAACAGGGGGAUGCGCAUCCUAUAAACGCAUACACGAUCAAAAUUUUACAGUAUUCAGUUUCGGUUUCGUCCUUGAUCCUAAAUCGCGUAAAGCUAGGAAUUCUUUUUUCGUCGAGGACUUUUCCCGAAACACACUGUAAAUUCACCAUUCUAAAAAUACUGAAGACUCAGCGGAGUCACACCGCUCUUCUGUUCGUAUUCUCAACACACUAGCGCGCGCGUUGCUUCCAUAUUCAUAAGAGAGUUUUUUUCUGUCGACGCAAAGUCUUUCUUUGAGCUCUGGGUCUGUUUUUUCUUCCACUCGAAGCUUCUAUUUUUUUCUCUCGUUCAUCUGGCAGCGCACAAAAAUCAACAAACUCACUUCCUAGAAUCAAUUUGUAUAAGUUGUUUUUUUCCCAGCCGGGUCAGGCUUCAGAACUCAGGACUCAAGAUAACACUCGAGCCGGACGCAACCGGCAGCCGCGUUAUCAUCAAAGCAAGCACGAAGGUAUCUAAUAGAGUUUCUUUCUGGAAAGCCCAUGCAUGAAAUACAGAUCCAUGCUUCCAGAUUCGGACUCACUCUUUUCCGCAACUCUACCCAGGUAUGCCAACGGUAGCCGUGCAAACCGAGAGCACGGGCCCAGACCUGGAGGCUUCUAUGGCGGCGCUGUUCAAGCACAACGUCGUCAUGCAGAAGGAAAGCACGAAGCUAAUCAAGGAAGCCGAAGAGCUGCGCAAGCAGAAUCAGCUCCAGUGCGCCAAGUGCGGCUACAACAAACUGCAGUACACCAGGAUCCAAGUCGAGAAGCAGAUUCUGUGCAGCGCGGUCGCGGAAUGCGUUUCAACGGAGCCAGCAAAAGCGCUUCAGGCGUGCUUGCGAGAGCUGGGCCAGCGCCUCGGGAAAGCAGUCGACUACGCAAAAGCGGGCACUUCCGCUAGCGAAGCAGGUUGGGAACGACUGGAAGACAUCCAGUGCGCAAACAACCGAGCGCUGACGGGUCACGACAUUCGUGACAUCCAAUCCGACAUCCGGGACUUCCUCGAGGACUACCAGCGCUCCUACAACCACUUGCAGGAACUCAAGCGCUACCUCAUCAUGCUGAAAGUCCAGACGCACGGAAUGCUGAGCGAAACACUGGCGCUAGGCGGUAUUAUGCCGGAGCACAGAGCUCGGGUGAUCCGGAAGUACACCGAAGCUCUCCAUGACCACAAACUCGUCUUCGCCUUGUUGUUCGACUCCGACGAGGUCGAAGUGGACACACUGGACGAAGCAAUGAUCCAGUCCAUCAUCGAACUACAAAUCGCAAGGAAGCGGAUCCGGAACGGGGAAGACGUGAUCGAUGAAUACGGCCUUCCAACCCGUUUUCCGACGCAGCGCGAGCAGACAGUUUUGCGACCACAAGCAACGCUCGCUGUAACCGGUGGCCAAUACACGCCAACCGCCGGAUCGUGGUGGAUGAGGAACGAGAACCAUGACCACACACGAGAAAUUGAUGAUCUCGCGGGUCGCAUAUUGACCGCACUCAGAGCAGCCAGAGUGUAAAGCCCUUCACUUGUACAAUUUCAAUAAUUCUAAGCAUCAAUGUAAAUUUCUGAAGCAAUCCAACACACAAGUAACACCAGUAACAUGAAAUCUUGUGCAAUUUCUUGGUAUUCAACGGUAGUCCGAAAGCGCAAAGCUGAAUCCCACACCAAAAAUUCUUCGCUCGCCGCGGCUAAGCACCCAGCAGCUCUUGUUGCAGGCCGCGCGAGUGUUCUUUUCUCAUGCUGAAAUCAACCCACAACUCAGCUUCAGGAAAAAGAAAUCGCUCAGUCGCAUUCGUGCCUUCAGUCGUGUUUUUCCCGAAGGUAGGCCAGAUUUCGUCAUCGUGUUUUUUCUCAUAGUCGCGUUCAAGCAGCGACUCCAAUUUCGUGUUUUUUCCUUUUUAGAGCGAUAAGAGAGAGCUUUUUCUUGUUUUUUGGUCCGCGAGAGUCACUUCGUCAACCUUUUCGCUUCGAUUUGGCACGAAGUGCUUCACACUUUCCAGGACAGCUCUCUCAGUUUUAGUAAAAGUAAGUCAGUCCAGUUUUUCCCUCGCGUUACCACACAAUGGCAGCCGACAAGAAGUGCACUAUCUGCGACACCACGAAGGCCGACGCGCAGAUCAAGUUCUUCUGCAAGAACCACUCCGCGGCCACGUCGUGCAAAAACUCCGUGUGCAACGAGUGCGACAAAGAAAACGGAGAAUUGUGCAUUCGCAUGUUCGCCACGGUGAACCACUUGGACCCGGCUUACACGAUCUGCAACAAAUGCGACAUGAAGUUGCACACCGGUCGGAUCAAAAAAGUCGAGGCAACUCUGAAGGAAGCUGCUGGUGAUUCUACACUGGCGGCGAACGUGAUGGCUUCCGAGCCGUGGUGCUCGGGCUACGUCAAUCUCACCGACGCCGAGCGCUUAGAAGGACUCAAAAACUGCAAACGCCCGGCGGUAGUUCCUUUUUUUGCUUUCUUAAAAUUGUUCAUGCAUCAUGAGACCAGCAUGACACUCCGAAUUUUCAAACUCAAACUCCCAGUUCCGCGAAGUGGAAUCCAGCCGCUUGGACACCUCGGAAUUGAUCUUAGCGCACCAGUCGCAGCAGUCGACCACCGGUGGUGCCACCUCGGAAGCCUUGUUCAAGGAUAUCAAACGGCAGAAAAACGACCACUACCGUUUGAAGGUAGUGUUUUUCUUUGCUGUAAUCUUUCAGAUUUACACUCUCCACCACUCUCAUGUGUAAUGUCCGGCUUCAAUCCAACCACAGGAUCUUUUGUUGCCGGCGCACGGUGGAAGCAUUCCGAAGGCGAUCCGCCACUACGAAAAGUGCACUCUGCACUUCCCGGGCACUCCGUGCGCGCUGGUGGCGGCCCGCAACAUGUUCUUCUUGAAGUACAUUUUGGACACUUCGCAGAACAACGCCUCCAAGAAGGCGAUCCACGCUGACCCGCCGAUCAACUUGAACUACUCGGCGUGCGCGACCUUGAAGUCCUUCCACAAGAAGAUCAGUAUUUCUUGUUCCUUUCUUCUGCUUGAUGCGAUGCUCGCGAUACCCAUGCUUCGAGUUAUCUUCCCUUUAAUACUUUCAGAACUGCGCACGCGCAUGGAAGCGACGAAGCAGGCGCUGUUCACGUCGUACUUUUUGCCGGAGUUCGUGUACUCCUGCUGCGCCAACCUGUCGAGCCCGUCGGUGUUGGCUUCCAUGCUGAACACCUUACCGCCCGCGACUAACCCGAUCGCGGCAAGCGCGCCGGCGCCGAAGCGCACCCCGAGGCCGCAGCACACCCCGACCGUGCCGAACACUCCGCAUAAACGGCAGGGGAACGAUCAGUACAACUCUCCCAGCACCCAGUACUUGCGUGCGGGGGACUCCAGCCAAAUGCUGCCGCCGGCCACACCGCCGCAGUACCACCGCACCGGCAAGCCCCAGGGCAUCCCAAUGUCGCCGGCGCCGACGGUCCCCUCGACCCCGUAUAAGGGCGGACCGGCCGAUCAGUCCCAGCUCGCCGAGAUCCAGCGUAUCCUCUCCGGGGCGAAUCGCGAUUCGCAAUCGGCCGCUGCGGCUUUCUCCUCCGCAAAAUCGGCGCACCAGGGCGCGACCUACGAGUUCUUCACGAAGAACGGUUACUGUCGCAACUGCUUCUUACUGGGCAAGGGUCUCGGGCAGUUUCACGGACCGUCCUACGCGGAGUGCGAGCAGCAGGGCAGCCGUUGCCUCAUCCAGUGCACGUGGUGCAACGAAGGGCAGCACUGGUUGAACCAGUGCCCGCGGAAGAACGCCGGUCAGCCGUCCGCAAAGGGCAGCAGGGGCAAGGGCCGCUAAAUGAUGAUCGCAAUUUCUAGCAACAAGCACUCGCGCCAAGUUUUUUCGCUCGUUUCUUUCGGUACAUUUCGAAAUCAUUUUCAUCUUCAGUAUCCAGCGGUAGGUGUCAGUCACUCAAGCCUGUGCAUCGCAUUCACUAAGUUAAGUUUCACAGGAUUCAAUCAAUAUUCAAGUAAAAUUAACUUCAAAUUUACGAAUUUCAGUUAAAAAAAUUUAUUUUGUGCCGCUCAGCAGCAGAUUAAGGAGCAGUAAAGUAUAAGUAAGUAGUCCUAGUUAUCAGAGUUCCCAUCUUCGCCACCUCAUGACACGCAAAAGAGACAAACACAAGUUUCAAACAUGGCAUCGGGGAAAGUGAAGACAAGAAGUCAGUAUUAGCGAUUCAGUCACGGACUCGCACCGAAACAGAAUCGCUCAACAUAGAGUGAGUCAAUGAAUCAACUCCAUUCGUUUAGCAACUAAAAUUUCGGUGUUUUGUGAUUUUUUCUCGCGCAGAGGCGCGCUCGACGGUUGGGGAAGGCGCUCUGCCCAUCAUGAGUUACUCGUCGCUCAUGCUCCAGCAUGUGAUGAAGCGGGCGCUUGGCGACGAACUGGCCGAAGAGCGUGGCAUCAAGCUCCGCAAGGACUCCGAGGAUCAAGCCAAGUUCUUCGCACAAAGGGCGUUCAACUUGCAGCAAGCGAACGCGAACGCACCCGCGGGAGAGCAUGGCGACGCUCUCUUCGACGAUUUCGAGGCUUUAGGCGCGGAAACUGCAAUCCAGUCCGUACCGCAGGACCAGCUUGCGGCACCUCCGCAACAACAGGCUUCUUCCAGUUCUGCCUCGUCUUCUUCCGCACCAGCGAUGAGCUCGCUAAUCCAAGGUCAGGCAACGAGCAGCAGUUCUCAGAUAAGUCAACUCGAACCACUCCCCAACAUUUACAACAACUUCAUCGAGGACCCACCAAGCUCUCCGGAGUUCAUGUCUGUGCCAGACCUUCAGGCACAGGUCCAAGCAAUCAACGGCGGCACUUCAACAACUUGGCUUCCGGCUUCAACCGGAGCGGGCUUUGUACACCAGCAACCCGCUCAAUCAUCCUCGAGCGGAAGCAGCACACAACCCGCGUCUUCCAUUGCUACGGCACAGCACAAAUACAAGCCGUUCGUCUCUUCGAAGCAAUUAGAUCUCAAAAUCUUCCCGGAAAGACUUUCCGUGUUCCAGGAGUUCCCGCUUGACGAAAUGCGGCGAAGAGCGCUCGUGGCUGCAGCUACGCGAUUCGCGGAAAGCAGCAUAAGAGAGUCAACCUGUAACACCUAUUCCGGCGUGUUGAGCUCGGUGGUGCCACGGAUUUGCGAAGUGUUAAAUUUCCAGCUUUGGCCAAUCACUUCGGCAUCCGAAGCAGAACUGUUCUUCACGGCUUUCGCAACUUCAAAAAAAGCACAUGCGAACCACGUGAACAAAACGUCGGGCAAAGUGAAUUGGAGCAGCUUUCGCAGCAUCAGCUCCGCCAUUUCGGCCUACAACAGCUGCAGGACCAACGUGAACAAUUUCUCUAUGAGGAACAAGGACCGGUCUUUCCAGCGGAUUUGGGAAGGUUUCAAAAGGAGCGCCGCUCACCCGGUAGCAGCGGACGCGAAGUUCGCUCCUUCAGAACACCACUUGGAGCGCAUUCUGAAGUCGGCAAAGGACGAUUUUGUUUCCAUCUGCUGCCCCAACGACAUAGCAGCAGCGCAUCCCACCUGGACCAAGUCUGCAUUCGAGGACAAGCAGGCCUUGCAGGUGGCCAUCAUGUUCCAGUACGCGGUUAUUGCGAACGUCGGGUUUUACGGAGUGCGGCGCGCAGCCGAGUUGAUUGCCUUCUCUUCCGAUGAUGUGGAAGUAAAAAGGCUGACGGCGGACCAGCAUGCAGAUCGACCGCGGUUUAUCAAGUUAACGGUCAAAGAAGCGAAAAACGACGUCUACGCAAAGGGCGACUUUUGCAUCAUUCCGGCAAAGGUCGCAAACUACCUGCUGACGUGGAUGAAAUACGCGCACGCCUUCAUCCUGCACCACUUCAAAGCAAGAUACUUGGCCGGGGCGUGCUCGCUGUUUUUCACGAUCGGAACAACGAGAAUCAAGACACGCGGUUGCCCUCUGUCGAAAGACGCACUCCGCAAAGGGAUCAGGAACGCACUCACCGCGUUCGCACAAGUAACAAAGCCGAUCUCGCUCCGCAGAGGCGGGGCGCAGUAUUACGCGCAGAUAGAUCGCCACACGGCAUGGGCCCAGGGCGGUUGGCGAAGUAUGAGGAUGCUUGACGAAGUCUACGCUCCGAAAGAAGACUCCAAGCUUGCCGCGGAGAUUCACGAGUGCUCCAGGGUGGGCGAACUCGAAAAGCAGCAAACCGCCAUCAUCAAGGCGAUGGAGGAUUGCCUCGCUAUUCAGGACGCAGAAGGCAUGACCAAGCACCUAAAUGACUUCAACCCGAAUUUUAUCGGCUCAGAAAAAAUCAAAAUCCACGCUCCAAAGAUUUUCAAAAGACUCAUGUUGAAAAAUUUACACAAGACGCACUUCAAGAAGCUGUAUUUGAUAUUCUUUCCGGACAUGGAAUUCCCAGAAGGCACCAGCCAGCUGGCUGCCACCGCGAGCUAAGUCUUCUCGUUCCUUUGCAUAAGUCUCUCGUUGAGAACUUGAGCUUCUGUGCUUUCGUGUACCAGCUUUCAGUGCUUGAGCUUUGGGCUUCAAAAAAAAUUCAAAAGACAUAAGACAGCCAGGCAACAGACACACAGCCGAUUGACCCAUUCUCGCCUAGUGUUCUGCUGUGGCGUCCUCGAGUUCGUCAGUAGUCGCCUCAUCGUUUUUUUUUCUCAAAGUUCGUGAACCAUUCGUGCGCUCAUCGCAUUGUCGGCAUGAAUUCCUCAUGGUUUUUUUCAGUUUUUUGUUUUGCGACUCCUGCGGGUAGUUCUUCCUGUCCUUUUAUCAGCGCACUUCUGCUCUCUCAUUAUCGCCUAGUACGCAGCAUCAUCGGAGAGAUUGCAUUCGUUUCUAUCGUCGCGUCUUCGCUUUGACACUCUCGCUCCUUCCAUCGCAGUCUUUGUUUUUCACCUGCACUUGUGGCAGGCGCGGUAGAAUAAUGAUAAUUUCGGAACGCACAGAUGAGGAAGAACAAAUGGGAACUCAGCCCACCUCAGAGUGGUCAGUCGAGGACUACAAGGCUCUGGGCAUCCCGACCAACGACGUGGAAGUCCGCGAGUUCAUUCGCAGCCAGGAGGGCCCGCAGGACGAAUGGCGCGAGCAAGAGGACGACUUAGCCUUCGACGGUCUCUCCCUGUCGGCUAGACAGUGUUGUCGUUAUGGCGCUCAUCCCGACUUCAUGACGCGCUGGUUUGGUGGUUUGAAGUUCAAGUGGCUCGCAGACUCUUUCACUCCGAACCGUACCGAAAAUUAUCCCGGCGCAAGCGCAUACGAGGAUAUUUUCACGAAGGAAGUCUACCGGUUUGUGGAAAGCAAGAAAGUGUUGCUGUACGACAACAACGGUCCGCCCGAUCUGGUUAUAGCACCGGGCUCCAUCAUCCCGCAGAAAGGGAAAUUCCGGUUAAUAACGGACUGGCCAAACUCAGAAGUAGGAGUCAGUUCCAGCAUAUUCGCCACCGCUGUGAACUACAGCAACUGGUGGCAACUUCUCGAGUUGAUUGGCCCCGGUUCAAUCGGCUUCGGCUGGGAUCUACAAGACUGCUACCGUAUUCAAAGUUUUUGUUUGUGAUAAGUUCGCUUCAUUUCUAGACAAAUCGCGCUGACUUGGAUUUCUAACUUCAUCUCAAAAAACAGCCCACUGGAUGAUCCACCCGAGCUUCAGGCGACUGCUCGGGCUGUCCAUUCCGCAAACAAGCAGAACGGCGGUGCACUGUUUCUUGCCUUUCGGCCUCAAUUGCGCCCCCGGAGACAACGACGAAUCAGUGAAGCGCCUGAUUUCCAUGGCGCACAGUGCGGGUGUAGAUGCGAAGAUCCUGGACUUUGUGGACGACCUCAGAGGAAUCGUUCCGCGCCCACUUUCGCACCGGAUGGACAUCGCACAGCGCGAAUUUAACAAGGUGUUUUUCAUCCUUUCGACGUUAGGGUGUAGAUUGCACACCAAAGCGGGGAAACUCAUUCCUCCUUCCACCUUCUUCCCGUGGUUGGGGUUCAAUUGCGACACGGUCGACAUGUCGUUCGGGGUGGAGGAUGACAGGCUGGAGGACUGCCUCAAAGCAGUCCAGGAAUUCAGAACCGAGAUAGCAAGUGACCCAGGUUCCGCCACUACAGCAAGGAGGGCGGCGAAGGUCGUCGGGAAGCUCACCUCCAUAUCGCUCGCAAUCGACGGACCGUUGCGCAACUUGCAAAACAGUUUAAACGCGAGCGGUUGUUACGCCCUGUGGCAGUCCAGCAAAACCCACAAUCCGAAGGUGGUGAUUUGCAGCGAAGGAAAAGCCGACUUGGUGUGGUGGAGCGACACCCUCAUCGCCAAACCAAGGGCGAGAAUCCACUUCAACGGUUUGAGGAGUUUCUUGUGGCGCGAGGACGUGCUAGCAUUCGGAGCCAACUUCUUCAGAAGCCUCGACCCCAACUCGUUCACAGCGUUCUCAGGGGAUGCAGCCACGUCAGCGGGUUGGGGCGGGAAGUUCGGGCAGCAAAGUUUUGCCGACAGAUUCCCGGUUUGGCUACAAGGGCAGUCGAUAAACGUUUUGGAAUAUGCAACGCCACUCCUCAUACUGCUACGAGUGGAAGCUGCGGACGCAAGCAAACUGUCGGGGAAAAUUCUCCUUUACUACACUGACAACCCCGCUUGCAAAAGAGGAGUAAACCGCGGCAACUACUCCACCCCAAUCUUCUGCAGGAUCACGAGGGAGCUGAAGUCGCUGCUGGUCCGGAACAGGGCGGAACUAGUAGCAGCAAAAGUUUACGGCUCGCAGAACAUUGAAGCCGAUUUGCUGUCGCGCUUUGACGACAACAUCAAAUCGAUCACGGACAACAGCCCGGAGAAGUUUCGGACGAGCAGAGCCUGGAACCACAUUUGCAAGACGCUCCCGGGUCUGGCAAUCGAGGCGUUCAGCUCCGCGGAUGCAUCAAGCACCUCCAGAAGACUGAGCCGAUACUUCACGGCAAACAGUCCGCCGCUCUUCAGCUUCGAAGAAAUUUGCGAAGUACGAAGCUGGUGGCUUCCACCGGCCGACCUGCUCUACGCAACAUUGAAGUUUCUGAACAAAGCGUUGCAGCCAAUCCCGGCGGCCAGCAGACCGAGGAUAGCAAUCUUAGUCCCAAAAAUCAACAACAAAUUCGCAAGUUUGCUCGGGCCGUUCGGGAAGCCAGUCAUCAAAUUCAAGAGAGGCAAAGACCUCUUCCGUUUGGAAGGAGUAAGCCACAACAUCUCGGCCGAUGACGACUAUCGGGUCUACUCUUCCGUGCCAUUGCACGAGUGGAUCAAGAGCGACGCAGUCAUCAACGUCCCCAGUGCCCAAGUGGAAAAGUUGCUGAAGAGCGCGGCGUUCAUGAGAACUAUCGGCGACACCAGCAAAGUGGACUUCUCGCCGAUUGAGUACUCGACGGCGGAUUGGAUAAUCCACAUUUGCUGCGUAAAACCAAUUCGUCCUCUGGGGAUCGCAAGAGCGAUAUUCGCAGUCCACAAGCACGCGAAUACUUACGACAAACCAGAAUCUGCCAAACCCUUCGGCAGCUACGAAAUUCUGAACAAAGUCGUGAACAUUUACGCCAUGAAGCUGCCGGGUAUCGGCGACGGCGACGGUCGGCGACGGUCGGUGAUGCAGCCGCGUCCCGCCUUCAAAUCUUCGACUCGUGUAUGAUGGAUUUGGCAUCAAAAGCGGUGUCGUUGGGUAUCUCGUCGGUCUCCAUUCCGCUCAGGAUCGGAUGCGGGUCGUGUGGAGGCAGAGUCGCUGACUAUGCUUUAGUCAUCGAGCGAUUCAUCGCGAAUUGUGAAAGAAACAACAUCAGUGUGCGACUACAUGACAUUCCGACAAAACUCUAAAUUUGUAAACCAUUUGUUUCAAAGUCUAGUCUUGUGCAGUCUUUCGCUGGUUUCGCAACAUAGUCUCUCUAUUGUGCUUUUGAUUGAUAGCACGACCCUAUACAAUUUGCACACAUGCAUCAGAUCCUUCGCGGAGUUACUCAUACUUAUCCUGCUAUCAUGCCUUGCCACAAACUCAGCGGUCUUCGUCUGUUCGCGUUUCGAUCACAGAAACAAGAGAUCACAUACAGGCAGAGAUCCUCUCGUUCUCGCUGGGUGUCCGUCGACACGGAUACGUGCAGGGCAGGAGCAAAAUAAGAUCCUACGAAGUUGACGAGCGAAAAAUUGUAAGCUUGAAGCGAUUUCGUAGGAAUUCGAUAAGCUCAGUUUUGUAGCAAAGGAAAACUUCGCGGAUCUAAAGAUCAUUAUAUAAACAGGGGGAUGCGCAUCCUAUAAACGCAUACACGAUCAAAAUUUUACAGUAUUCAGCUUCGGUUUCGUCCUUGAUCCUAAAUCGCGUAAAGCUAGGAAUUCUUUUUUCGUCCCUCCCUCCACUCCCUCGGAGAUUCCUUUCCUACCUCGAAUUUCAAAUAUUUCAUAAGCGAAGCUUUCCUAUUUAUAUUCCUCACGUAAUCCCAGUUCGACGGUCACCCAUUUCUGCGAGAGGGGGUUUUUGCCACAAACUCAGCGGUCUUCGUCUGUUCGCGUUUGUUUCGAUCACAGAAACAAGAGAUCACAUACAGGCAGAGAUCCUCUCGUUCUCGCUGGGUGUCCGUCGACACGGAUACGUGCAGGGCAGGAGCAAAAUAAGAUCCUACGAAGUUGACGAGCGAAAAAUUUCAACAUGACAAAAUUUUCCAUUUCUCAUGCUAAAAGAAAUGAACUCGUCAUGCGAUUUCUGCAUACACCAAGACCAACUGCGAUCCAUCUUUUGCAAUGCAUACGAACCACCACCAACUCAUCCUCCUCGGUGA